AUGGUUAGCGCCCACAGCGCAAGAUCUUCCACUUUGACUUUUCGCAGCUCGACGUUGACUUUUCGCGAUACUAACCACAGGCAACACACGACAGCCACCAUGUCCAGGCCGACCGUCACCGUCAUCUCCCCCAAGGGCGAGUCCUCCAAGGACACCAUCACCGUCCCCAAUGUCUUCAAGGCGCCCAUCCGCCCCGACAUUGUCCACUCGGUCCACACUGGCAUGAACAAGAACCGUCGCCAGCCGUACGCCGUCUCGGAGAAGGCUGGUCACCAGACCUCUGCUGAGUCUUGGGGUACCGGUCGUGCUGUCGCCCGUAUCCCCCGUGUCUCCGGUGGUGGUACUCACCGCGCCGGUCAGGCCGCCUUCGGUAACAUGUGCCGUUCCGGUCGCAUGUUCGCUCCCACCAAGGUCUGGCGCAAGUGGCACCAGAAGAUCAACCUCAACCAGAAGCGCUUCGCGACUGCCUCUGCGCUCGCUGCCUCUGGCAGCCCUGCUCUUCUGCUUGCCCGCGGUCACGCCAUCUCCACCGUCCCCGAGGUUCCCCUCGUCGUCUCCUCGACCGCCUUCGCUGAUGGUGCCAUCAAGAAGACCUCCGCCGCCGUUGCCCUGCUCAAGGCUGUCGGUGCCGGUGCUGACAUCGAGAAGGCCAAGAACUCUCGCAAGGUCCGCGCUGGUAAGGGUAAGAUGAGGGGUCGCCGCCACAAGCAGCGUCGUGGUCCUCUCGUCAUCUACAACCCCGAGGAGGAUGGCAAGGACCUCGUCCUUGCUUUCCGCAACAUCCCCGGUGUCGAGACCAGCUCCGUCUACUCGCUCAACCUCCUCCAGCUCGCCCCUGGUGGUCACCUUGGCCGCUUCGUCAUCUGGUCGUCGUCUGCUUUCUCUGCUCUCGACAAGAUCUACGGCUCCACCACCGAGGCCUCUGCUCUCAAGAAGGACUUCCUCCUGCCUUCCACCAUGAUGAAGCAGCCCGAUCUGUCGAAGAUCAUCAACUCCAGCGAUGUCCAGAAGGUCCUCCGCCCCACCCGUGGCGGUGCCGUCUCCAAGCGCGGUGUUGUGCAGAAGAAGAACCCUCUCAAGAACUUCCAGGUUCAGCUCCGUCUCAACCCCUACGCCGCCGCUUUCUCGAAGGAGAAGCUCGGCCAGAAGAAGGUUGAGCACACCAAGGAGAGGACCGGCCAGGACUUUGCCAACCUGUUGGCUGAGAACUAA